AACUGGUCACAGGUGAAUUUUUAUUUUUCUCACAAUUGCAUAUUCUAUAUGCUCACUGUGGUAGCAUUUAGCUUUUCCUUGGAAAUCAUGCAAAACCAAAGCUUUGUAACCGAGUUCAUCCUCUUGGGGCUUUCACAGAAUCCAAAAGUUCAGAAAGCAGUAUUUGUUAUAUUUUUGUUUAGCUACAUUGCAACUCUUGGGGGCAACUUGCUAAUUGUGGUGACUAUCAGCAGUAGCCCAGCACUUCUGGGCUCCCCCAUGUAUUUCUUCUUGGCUUCCCUGUCCUUCCUGGAUGCCUGUUUCUCCACUGUCAUCACUCCGAAGAUGGUUGUGGACUCUCUCUAUGAGAGGAAGACUAUCUCCUUUGAAGGCUGCAUGACCCAGCUCUUUGCUGAACACUUCUUUGCUGGGGCGGAGGUGAUUGUCCUCACAGCCAUGGCCUAUGACCGCUACGUGGCCAUCUGCAAACCCUUGCAUUACCCUUCUGUCAUGAACUGGAGACUCUGUGGCAUUCUGACGGGGGUGGCCUGGACAGGGGGCCUCCUGCAUUCCACAAUACAAAUCCUCUUUAUAUUCCAGCUGCCCUUCUGUGGCCCCAAUGUUAUCAAUCAUUUCAUGUGUGACUUGUACCCAUUACUAGAGCUGGCCUGCACUGACACUAACAUCUUCGGCCUUUUGGUGGCAGCCAACAGCGGGUUUAUCUGCAUCAUAAUCUUUUCUUUGUUGCUUGUCUCCUAUGGCAUCAUCUUGUUCUCUCUGAGAACACACAGUCCUGAAGGGCAGUGGAAAGCUCUCUCCACAUGUGGAUCUCACCUCGCUGUUGUGGUUUUGUUCUUUGUCCCAUGCGUAUUCAUGUAUGCCCGACCUCCGUCCACUUUCUCCUUUGACAAAAUGGUGGCAAUAUUUUACACCAUCCUGACUCCCUUGCUCAAUCCUUUGAUUUAUACCAUCAGGAAUAAGGAAGUGAAAAAUGCCAUAAGGAAAGUGUGGAACAAGAUAAUAGUGAUUUGUAAUGAAGGAUGA